AUGUCUUCACUUCGAUCAACCACGUUGCGCGUAGCUUCCAGGCUCCACCCAUUGCGAAAUGCAGUGCAAGUUCAAGGUCGAACAUAUGCCAGUGCGCGCGGCCCACCCGCCAAAAUGAAUACAAGCAAUGUCCCAUGGAUGGCAGCUGUUGCCGUCGGUACCGCUGGCAGUCUUUAUCUCGUGACAAAGCAAGACACAUCCCACGCCGACAGCAAGCAAGCAAAAGCGCAACAUACCAAUGUGGGUGAAAUCACUUACAGAAAUGAGAGCAAUACCAAGUCCUCAAAGGUAGACAAUGGCUUUGCACCCGGGACUCAGAACGGCAAAAGCGGCGAAAAAAUUGGCCACAAAAAGAUUAGAGAGAAAACUGAUCCCAGUGAACCUGGCGCUGGUCGUCCUGAUCCCGAUGAAGAAAGCGGUCUUCGAGGCCACGGGCCGCGUGAUGGCAAAAAGGCUGGGGAGCCAGGUGCUGUGAGUCCGGAUUUAUAUGACAAGCCCGAUCCCCGCGGCAAACCAACAAGCUUGAACCACAUGUCUGGCAAACAAGAGGGCCUCUCAAAUGCAGACACGCAUCAUAAAUCGCAGAUCUCACACCAGACCGAGAAGAGUAAGAAAGGUGAGGGUGUGGCGGACUCGGCGAAGCUGAAGGGAACUGUUUCGACGGAUCGACCUGGACCGGAGAAUAAGGAGGAGAGGGGUAAGGCGAGGAUGGACAAGAACGCUUAA